GAGACAGCAAUCCAACUCCUCACCUCUAACCCUCCGCCCUCAGCCGUCCUGUUCACGGACGGUACGAUCACCCGUCCCGAAGGUGCCCGGAUCCUAACGCCCCUCAUUGACUACGUCCGUGCCGGCGGCAUCGCAGUCUUCGGCGCACAGUUCCCCGGCACGAUCUCCGCUCAGGACCUUGGCCCAUUCUUCCACAAGUGGGGCCUCGCCUGGCACAGCGGCGACUACGUCCGCACCACAUUCGCGCUGAACCCCGCAGGUGUGCCCGCGCCCCUGUCCGCGGGCGCACUCUUCCCCGAGUGCAGCAUGAAGGCCGUGCACGUGAAGGCGCCGCGCGAAUGCGCCGUGUACCUGCCCGCGGCCGGCGCACGCACUCAGUCGCUCGUGUGGGCCCCCUCUCCGAGCACUGGCACGAAGGCGGAGGAGAGCCCGGCGGCCUUUGGGCGCGUCGGGAGCGGCUUCGUGGGAUACGUCGGCGAUGUGAAUGGGGAGCAGGCGUCCAUCCGGGCUACCAUCGAGAUGCUC